CCCUCUCUCUCUCUCCCCCCCCAGUCUGAGUUUUCCAGUGUCGCCAUCCUCCACCAGGCCAGGAGAGACCAUGUAGCUGAGUCAUGUCGGGCCCACAGUGCAUCCAGCCGCAAGCGCCGGGUCCUGACCCCCGGUGACCUCAAACACCUGGUGGUGGAUGAGGAGCAUGAGCUCAUCUACUGCUAUGUCCCCAAGGUGGCCUGCAGCAACUGGAAACGCGUCAUGAUGGUCCUCACGGGACGCGGCAAGUACAGUGACCCUAUGGAGAUCCCUUCCAACGAGGCCCACGUCCCGUCCAACCUGAAAUAUCUGAACCAGUACAGCAUCGCUGAGAUCAACCACCGCCUCAAGAGCUACCUCAAGUUCCUGUUCGUCCGGGAGCCCUUCGAGAGGCUCGUCUCCGCUUACCGCAACAAGUUCACCCUCAAGUACAACUCCUCCUUCCACCGCCGCUUCGGCACCAAGAUCGUCCGCCGCUACCGCAAGGACGCCACGCAGGAGGCGCUGCUCARCGGCGCCGACGUCAAGUUCCGGGAGUUCGCCGAGUAUCUUGUCGACCCGGCCACSCAACGCGACGGCCCRCUCAACGAGCACUGGCAGACGGUGUACCAGCUGUGCCACCCCUGUCACAUCCACUAUGACCUGGURGGCAAGUACGAAACCCUGGAGGAAGACGCCAACUACGUUCUGCGGCUGGCGGGGGUGGGCGAGUCGCUGCGCUUCCCGACCUACGCCAAGUCCACCCGCACCACAGACAGCAUGACGGCCCAGUUCUUCAGCAACAUCAGCUCCCAGCAGCACAGCCAGCUCUUCCAGCUGUAUAAACUGGACUUCCUCAUGUUCAACUAUUCCACGCCAAGCUAUCUGCGACUGGACUAACGACUAGAGGACCAGGACAUGACUAGCCAGCUGGGACUCUGGGCACGAUCCACUUUUAUUAAGAGAAGAAAAAAAGAACAGAGAAAGAAGAGAAUAGAUAUUUUUGCGGAAGCUUUAUUCAAAAACUGUCGUAGCUGUUUCUGGGGGGUGAACAGGAAGGACUGAGGUGAAUGGGAGGGACAGAGAUUGAGGAAAGGUGCUGGAUCCGAUUUGACGUGAAAGAUUCUUGGUUAUCCAAUCAGCAUUGUCCUGAAGGUGAAAAAGGAGGAAGUGGAGAUCCUAUAGCAUCAGAAUGCAGGGUUCGGGUGGAGCUGAUGUCAGAGGUUUUCUAAGAGGGGACAGAGGAGAGAAGCAGGACUCCUGGAGAGUGGUCGAUGUGUGUUCUGUAUGUACAUGAGGUGGGACUCUUGACCAAUUAGGCUGCUUUGGAAUCUGCACAGCAAACGGUGGCCUCGCAUGCACGUGCUCUGGCCCCAAAGCAUCAUGGGAGCUGAGCUUAUUUUAUAACGAACAAUAACGAAACUCCGUCAAAUUGUAAAACACACCCAUGUCCUUCAGUGUGCUGUAUCCUGGGUGUGUUUGAUAGCACCCACCAAUUAUACAUUUGAUAAGUAAACUGGCUCUUGGCUCCACCUCAAGCCCUCCUCAUUAUAGCUGGCUAUGAAUUUUGCUCUAAAAACCUCUAGAACCAUCAGGCGUAAACAGUGGAGCUACAAUUUACAGCCAACUGCUCUAAAGUAGUAGCUAUGCUGUCAGGAUCGCCAUCGUCAUAGGUGAAAAGAACUCCUGAAUCCUGAGGUUUGCCAGGUGAGGCCUCAGACUCCCACAGCAGGAUCUGAAAAGGCGGCCAUUUUAGAAAGACACUGAGCACCCUCGAGGCUUUGAGCCACAGGAAGUGGUCAGAAGGAGUGAUUGACAGGUGUUAGGUGCCUCCCACUGACCCAGAGAGGAACUGAAGAAGAGAUGGCCCGUGUGGCUGUGAAAGGGUUUAAGGGACAUGAUCUCAUAAAUCUGCCCACACCACGCCCCAAAACCAGGGAGGGCCAUAACCCUGCCUACGGGCCAUGCCCCCCACGACGACCAAUGUUUUCAUCAGACAAUAAAACCAAGACAAUGCUGCGAGCAGCAAUAAAAAAUAUAAUUUAAAUUACUUUUACUGUCGGGGGUGGGUGUGGUGGAUGAGAGAGAGGAAGAUUUUAAUAUUUUUUUUCUUGGCAGAUUUUUUUUAAAGAUAAAAUUGUUUUUAUGAGUUUUGUUUUUCAUGUUUUUUGUCCUGAGUUGCCUCCGGUACACUGUUAAUGGUAACAUUUUAAUUGUCUUCCUUUUUCCCGAAGGGCGUACAAUACAAUAAAGUUAGGUCCAUGGCUUUGGUUUCUCUGUGCGUGAGAACUGGGAUAUCCCAUGGGAUUUAGAGUUAUUCCCUCUCUCCCCCUUAGUCAACUGAGUCUGGUGCCAAAGGGUUGGAACACUGCCAAUGACAGAAAGGGACAGUCAACUCAACUCAUCAGUACUUUUCGGUACAUACAAUAAUUUACAAAACAUUUACAAUCCUGUGAUUGAAAACAAACUUUAGCAUGAAAAAAGUAUUCUACAUACAUAUCUACAGUGCAGACUACUGCUCAGAAUCAGAAACAACAGCAGUGGUUGACUUCAUAAUAAUCGAUAAUAGAACCGUCUACCUUUGAGUCUGGCGGUGAAAGUCAGGUUCGUGUCCGCACUCCUCAGGUGAAAGUGCGGUGUAAUCAUUACUCUGUGUAGUCUAUGGGAUCACAGAGAGUCGUAUACACAGUGCAGGAGUGGGCGACGGAGGGAGAGAGAAGGCCACCUAAUUAGCCAAGCUGGGAGGGAGGGAGUCCUCUUUAUUCUUUACACCCCUUUGUCAUUCUUCCUCCAUUCAGGCUUCAAAGAGAGAGGGACGUUUAAGUUGUGUAUUUUUAUGUUGCUAGGUCUGAGCAGAAGUAACAGCAGCACAGAGGAAAUGAUCACUACUAUAUUCAUCUGUACCUCUGACCGUUAGUUUAGACAGGCGUGGUGACUAAUGACAGGCUCACCUCAUUUUGUCAUAGCUUCUAAAAUAUUGGUGGCAGUUGUGGUGUGUUUGCAUGUAUGUGUCGUUAUAAUUAGCAAACGGUUUGGAGGAACAAGGCCCUUCACAUAGCCCUCUGAUAAAGAGGAAGGCUAUUGGUUUGGCCUACAUCUCCGACCCCAUCCACUUACAGAAACAAUGGGAGCAUUCUGAGCUCUCACACACACACACACACACACACACCCGCUGAUGUUGAUGCCACGCAGCCUCUUACUCAGCAGCUGUACUCUAGUGAGGGUUGGUAAGUGAGGUACGGAGGGAGAGGGGGAUGGUUGGGUAUGGACACAUUUAAAACACCACACACUCAGCUUAUCUCUAACUGCCUAUUUAACCUCCAAAAUGAGACACUUAACGCAAAGGCUUCACAACUCUGCAAACAGUUAUGGAGUCCUCUCCUCUUUACUCCAACCUCUCUCUCAAAAUGGCCCCAUAUAAAAACAGAAGUGGGUUUUUGGACAGUGUCAGUGAUCUCUACCCUCACAACAGGAAAAGGGCAGGCUUCUUAUACAAACAGAGCUGUUAAAAUCCCACAGAGGCCCAGCCUAACGAUCCCUGUGGAAAUUCUGACCUGAUUCAAAAAAUAUAUAUAUUCUCCAUUCUUAUUCCAUAUCCUAGCUCACUCUACCUAUA